GAAAUAGUCGAGAAUCAAAUGCGUGCAAAGUGAUAACGGUACAGCGAAUAUUCCAUAAAAGCGCGUAAAAUAUUUUUAGUUUUUUGAUUUCUUGAAGGAAAUAAAAUAAUUGCGCUUAAAUAUGUUUAUACGGAGAUAUCUGAUAAUACGGUUGGCAGUUGUGCUUUGUGUUGUAAUCAGUUUUUUCAUGCCUGCAACAGCCGUACCGAUUUCCGAACACGAAGAUGCUUCUCGACGCCUUUACAAAGCGCACGGAAUUUGUGUUCAAAACAUCUCUACGCCCAAGUCGACAGACAGUCAUAUCAGUACAGAACAAAUAGUCGGCGUCUAUGUACGCUGCAUAGCUAGUAAUAUGGGCUUAUGGACCGAUGCCACUGGCUACCAAGCCAAACGCGUAGCGAAAUUCUUUACUAAAGAGCACAGUGAGAGCGAAGUAAUGACCGUGGUGGACUAUUGCAAUCAAAAACAUCAGCAAAUGAAUUUGGAUUUAUGGGCUUACGAGGCGUAUCGUUGCGCGACAGCAGGACGAAUGGGCAUUUGGCUGAGAGAGUACAUGCUGAGUGCAAAAUUAUGAGAGAAUUCAAAAUUUGUUCAUAUACAUAUUCCAUAUAUUUGCUGAUAUUAUAUAUGUCUAGCCAUAAAAUAUAAUUAUUUUUUUUUUACAAUUAAAUCAUAUUUAUUACAUUUUAAUAACUGUAUCUGUAUAUAUAAUUGUGUCAAAA